AGUUAAACGGCGACAUGGCGUCUGAACCGAAUAAGACCGAAAUUCUUACUAUUUUUAAAAGACUUAGGUCGAUUCCCACUAACAAGGCCUGCUUUGACUGUGCUGCUAAGAACCCGAGCUGGGCCAGCAUUUCCCAUGGUGUUUUUCUUUGCAUUGACUGCUCAGGGGUCCAUCGCUCACUUGGUGUCCACCUGAGCUUUAUCAGAUCCACAGAGUUGGACUCCAACUGGAGCUGGUUUCAGCUAAGAUGUAUGCAGGUUGGAGGCAAUGCCAAUGCGACGGCCUUUUUCCAUCAGCAUGGCUGCACCACCAACGACACCAAUGCGAAGUACAACAGCCGUGCUGCGCAGAUGUACCGCGAGAAGAUCAGACAGCUAGCCAAUGCUGCACUCUCCAGAUAUGGCACUGAUUUGUGGAUCGAUAAUUCAGCAAACGUUCCGACCCCAGCUCCAGAGAAAAAGGAAUCAGACUUUUUCGACGAACACACUCAGGCUGCAAACAGUUGGGACAUGGCCACCCUCUCUCUCACACAGCAGAAUGGAUCCGCCUCUGUAACUCCUGAGCUGGAAAAAUUGACCGAGACCAUCAGCAACCAGCAAGAUGAAGGACCCAGCAUUGAGGGACUGAACAUGGAUGCAAAAGCCACCAUAGACGACUCAAUGAGAUUGGCGUCUGACGAGCUUCAGCCUUUUAAAGAAGCAAGACCCUCUAUAAUAGGAAAGAAGAAGCCAGUUGCUGCAAAGAAAGGGCUUGGUGCAAAGAAGGGUCUGGGAGCACAGAAGGUGAGCAGCAAGAACUUCAGUGAGGUGGAGAAGCAGGCCCAGGUGGCUGAGAAGCUGAGAGAGGAACAAGCUGCUGAGACUAAGAAACAGGCUGAAGUGUCCAUUGUGGCAUCUAUGCGACUGGCCUACAGAGAGCUGGAGAUUGACCGGAAGAUGGAGGAGAAGAAGCUAAAAAACCUGGAGGGGAAGAAAAGGGAGCAGGCUGAGAGGCUCGGUAUGGGCUUGGGAAGCAGGAGUGUUGUGUCACACUCUGUGAUGUCAGAGAUGCAGGUGAUUGAGCAGGAGACUCCAGUGAACUCAAAGUCGUCUUCUCGAUCUAAACUGGAUAUGUAUGAUGAGCCUGGCUUUACCUCUGGACCACCAAAAUAUAAGGACAACCCCUUCACAGCAGACAGCUUUGGUUCCCGAUGGGAUUCGGAUACAGGUUCUGCCUCCUUUACUUCCUCAUGGGCUUUAGAGAAAGAGGGGCCUAAAGACACUGAAGUUACCAUCUCCAGCAUCCAGCCAAUCGGAGAAAGGUUACCCAGCAGGCGGAAGCCAGAAGCAUCUGUGCCUGCUGCAGAAUCCAGCGAGGCACGGCAGAAGUUUGCUAAUGCUAAAGCCAUCUCAUCUGACAUGUUCUUCGGCCGUGACAGCAGUUCUGAGUAUGAGGCAAAGACUCGUUUGGAGGGCAUGUCUGCGAGUACCUCUAUUAGCUCUGCUGAUCUAUUUGGUGAUGGCAGCAGUCGCUCCUCAGGGAGCUCAGGAUUGGAGAGUGUGCUUCCCUCCGGGCCAGACAUCGCUCAGUUCAAACAGGGUGUGAAAUCUGUGGCUGGAAAAAUGGCUGUGCUGGCUAAUGGGGUGAUGAACACCAUUCAGGAUCGUUAUGGCUCCUACUGACAGGCCUGCAUAAUUUAAACAAGGAAGGAAAUGACAUACAGGACAUACCACAAUGUUGUUGACUGGAUCUGGACUCAUUUUCUCUUUUAUGUGUCGUACAUGAAACACGGAGAGGAAAAACAAAAUAAAAAAAAACACACACACAAAAAGAAGAGAAGAGGUGGCAAAACCACACCAUGCUUUACUUUUCUCCCAGGCUGUACCAGGAACUGUAGGGAUCCUCACUCACCGCCUGACCGACAGUAUUUCAGGUUUCUUUUUGGAUUUGUUUAAGAAAAAAAAAAAAGGUUAUUUUCAGAUAAUGAGCACUGAAUGGUGUAGAAAGUGUUCUAAGCAUCGUGGUGCUUUCUGUUUAAACUAACAGCCCUGUUUUCUACAUCGUUUACCAGGCUGAGAUUUCAUAUGGUUGAUUUAAAGUAUUCUUUAUAACAUAUAUAACCAAACUCAUUCGUAAAGCUUUGUUUUCUUUGCUUUUCUGUAUUUAAAUGGAUUUAUAUUCUACGUUCAAGAGAAACGCGCCUCACACGAAACAGAACCAGAGUUGGUGAUUUUACUGUUUCGUUUAUGUGAGCCACUUUUUAGAGGUUGCAUGAGUGGAAAUGAAUUUGGUGAUACUCUGAAUGUGUGACGUAGCUUUAGCUGUUCAGAUUCAUUCAUUCGAGUUGUUUGGAACAACGUUUAGGGUAAAAAACAGAACAUGCAAAAUCUGUGUCUGUCUGGUGUGGAAACAGAAUCCAGCACCUGUGUGCAGGUGCCUGUUUAUCUGCAUUUUAUACAUUGCAGUACCACUUUAAAAGAAAAAGGUUUAUCCAGACAUGCACAUACAGGCCAGUGCAGGCUUGUCGUAUGCCUCUCAAAAGGGUAAACACUUCUGAGGUUUUGAGGAGCAGAUCUGAUUUGAUUAAUGCUUGAAUCAGAUCUGCAGACAUGAUACAAAUCUAAUAAUCUGAUCAUUUUAAUAUAUUUAGCAUCAGUGCUUAGACAAGAGUUUUUUAUUUUAAACUAAAGAUUUGAACUCUGAACCAUUUUGACAGUGUUUUUAUUUUUUACCCCAGUCUCUGUUUACCUUACCUAGCGCAUAUGAGCAGUGAGCAUGUACACAACUCUCACCACCUCCCUCUGUGCUGAGAAAUACUAAAAAACCUUCCCUUACAACUCCAUUAUAAUCAAGUCUAAGGAUAGUUCUUAAACUGUCAGUAUGUGGUAAAAUGCACGACUGUAAAUCCAGAAAUGUGACUUAACAAAGGAAGUAAAUGCAGACUGAAAUUCACACAGUAGUUAGUAAAAUUUAACCUUUAGCCCUUAAAAUUUUUUCUGGAUUUUCCCCCUCUUUGUCUCCCAAUGUAGUCAUUUCCGAUUCCCAAUCAUGAAUCCGCUGCUGCUUGUACAACCCCCAUCUGUAUCACCACACACCCCCUCUUGCAUGUCCAAUAUACGGCCACUUCUUAUCUGCCAGUGUUGGGUUCCCACAGAGAGCUGUAUCAUGUACAGAGAGCCCUGCUAAGUUCCAUGUUCCCCAGACACAAACACAGAUUGCAUAUUGCAGCAGCAGUGGGAAAUGACCGUGUUUGAAUUUCCCUCCCUUAAACACAGGCAAUUUGUGUGGAUGCCCGGUCAGGUCGGUGACUCUUUUAAUUUUAUUUGCAGCAUAAAUAUGUAGAACAUGAUUUAUUUGUAUGUAACUUUGACAUUUACUUUACUACCACUUUAUCCUGGUCUGGGUUGUGGUGGGUCCGAUCUCCCUGUAAUUACUGGGCGCAAUGCAGUAACACACCCCAGACAGGACGUGAGUCCAUUGUGGAGCUCUGUUUUACUUAUAAAACACCAGCUGCUCUUCCUGAUGCAUUCUUUUAUCCUGACUUAGAACCUCUCGCUGUCCCUACCCAUCUGAGACAACAGACAAUGUAAAGCUUCCCUUUACCCCUUCCUUUACAGUGACUGUAAAAUCCUAAUCUGCUCAUAUGAUUUUGGUGCAGUGAACAGAGACAGAGAGUGUUCAUCUCUUCUUAUAAUGGCAUGUCAGAUUUUUAACACGUGCGUUACUAAAUUUUUGUCUAUUUUGAAUUGUGGUAAAGGGGAUACAUUUAAAUCCUUUCCUUUUGAGACUCAUCUGCCUGUCCCUUUGUAACACAGUGUACAAUUUAAGAAAUAAAUGAGAACUGUAAACUUCA